AUGUCAGCAUCUACAUAUACCACAACCAGGAUUUUCGAGAAGAGAAGACGCAACAAAAACACCAGCAUAGAUAGUCGCCUCCAUUGCCAACCACAAAACCAAUUCUCCUGGAAUUCAGGAUCUUCAAUAUCCUCUACAUCAGCACCCGAGUCCAAAGGCAGCGUCAGUAACUAUGAUCACCUCAAACAAUCAAAUCUAAGGAGCACCAUGAGUCUCAUCAACUACAGCUCUGCAGACGAAGACGAAGACUAUCCAUCAAGCGACAACGACCAUCUCUUCAUGAAAGAUUCCCCUCGCCGCCAAAGCAGUAGUAGUGCAAGUCCUCCGUCCAGCAACAACGAUGUUCAAUCCACCCAACCAUUGAGAGCUGGUACGCUGAGUCGUUCGACUCCCAUCUGCAUCUGUCGAAACCCAUCCUAUAUCAAUUUCGCAGCCUCGUUAGCAGCAGCUUUCAGCCCCGUCUCACCAGCCAUCUGGAAUGAAUUGCACCGACUCUUCCCUUGCAUCUCCAACCCCCAAACCCACUUCAAUAUCUUGCGACGAAGCACACCAAUAACCGACGGACAAGGAAAAGCAUUCGUACUUGUAGAGGCAAGAGUACAAGCCAAAGAUGGAAGUAUGGUUGCGAAAGGCGAGAUGUGUACUGAUCAUGUGCUCGCGUUGAGGAGUUUGAGGAAUGCUUUGAUGGAGACUAAGGGAGAGAGAAGGUUGCCGAUGCAGAAGGGGGAGGAAAUUAUUGCGGGUAGGAUUGGGGUGUUUGAGGGGGUAUGUUCGGCUUGUGGGUUGUCUCGCUUUUGA